UCCCGCGUGGUAGUUAUAUAAUCUUGCAUAAGCAAGGUCGCUUCUCUCAGAGAAUGAGUGGCAUUCAGCCAAAUCACGCACUUUAAUUCUACUCUCACAGUGCACACUUUGAGGCGGAAUUACUCGCGUUUUGAAAUUCGUAUUCGCAGGUUUUCUCGCGAUGGCGGCAAAACGUCUCAAAGCUCUCACAAAAGGACAAUUGAAAACUUUCUUCGAGUCGUUCGAUGUCGUUUUAUCAGAUUGUGAUGGAGUUCUAUGGAGAGAAACGAAAGUGAUUGAAGGAUCACCAAAAGCUGUCAGCAAGUUGAAAGAAAAAGGGAAGAGGUUUUUCUAUGUGACGAAUAAUAAUGGAAAAACGAGAACCGAUUUCGUUACGAAGUGUAACAGCCUUAAUUACGAGGCCACGUUGGAUGAAGUGGUCUGUACAUCUUUUUUGGGGGCAAUGUACCUGAAAGAAAAAGGUUUCAAUAAGAAAGUAUACAUCGUUGGUAAUACCGGAAUGGCUAAAGAAUUAGAUGCUGUAGGAAUUAAACAUUGUGGAUCUGGACCGGAUCCGCUGACAGGAGAUGCUUUGGAAGUUGUAACAAAAUUCACACCAGAUCCGGAAGUUGGUGCCGUUUUGGUUGGAUUUGAUGAAUAUUUUAGUUACUCAAAAUUGGUCCAAGCAGCGACUUAUCUCAAAAAUCCCGAUGUUCAAUUUUUGGGAAUGAAUCCUGAUAUUUUGAGGCCUUCUGUGAAUGAAAAUGUCUUUCCAGGAACUGGAUGCUUUGUUUUAAUCGUCGAAGCUGCAACUGGAAGGAAAGCAACAAUGCUUGGAAAACCGGAAGCUUACAUGAGCGAUUAUCUAAUAAAAACCUUCAACUUAGACCCAAAACGAACUCUCAUGAUUGGCGACAACUGUACAACUGACAUUCUUUUGGGAAAACGAUGCGGAUUACAAACCUUACUCGUUUUAUCAGGAGUCACUAAUCAGGAAAAACUGAAUGAAAUUUUUUUACCUGAUGCCGAAAAAAAAGGGUUAAUCGUUCCUGAUUAUUAUACGGAAACAUUAUCAGAUUUGUAUGAAUUACUUUCCGAAUGAUUGUGAUUAUAAUUAUGAUUAUGAUUGUAAUAAUUAAUGAUUAUAAUUUUUAAUUUGAUAAUUUUCUUCGCAGGCAGUUGAUGUUUGCUCGUAUCAAAGAAUAAUAUAUAUUUUGUGAUUGUGAUCUCAUGUGCGAAGUAUUAUGUAAAUUUCGAUAAUAGAUUGGAAAAUUUAUUUAUUAAUUAUUAUAGGCUAUUUUUCAAGUUAUUUACUUUUUUCAACGUUCGUAA